GCGUCUGUUGACAGGGGCAGGACUCUGGAAAAUAUGGUGGGAGUUGCAGAAUUUUAAGGGGGUAACAACAACGGGACAUAAGUGAUGCAGGGACCUAUAAGCAGUGGUUUAAGUCUAGACAAAACCUGCUGGAGUUGUUGAUGAUGCUGUUUUGCCGUAUUGCUAGCGAGACUGAUGACAGUUGACAGCCUCGCGAAAGUUCAAGUGCGAUCAAGUGCCAGGGAUUUCAGAGCCGUGCAGGCUGCUGCAGGGAUGGAUGGCGAUGCGCACAGCCGGCCUCCUGACCGAAGGAGAUCAUCGAAAAGCAAAGCACCACCUCCUCCUCCUGUCCUGAAAGGCCUGGAUGCUCCACUGCUGAGCCACAAGCUCCCAGCGUACCCUCACCCUGCCAUGGAGCAGAAGGAGAACCUGCUGGAGCAGGACCUGACUCUCACCGUGGUCCUUCCUGAAGGGGUGGAGAAGACCACAGUCGUCCAUGGCAGCAAGCCCAUGAUGGACCUGCUGGUCAUGCUUUGUGCGAAGUACCACCUGAACCCGUCUGGCCACACCAUAGAGCUCAUCACCACCAACAGAAACCAUGUGAAGUUCAAACCCAGCGCCCUCAUCGGAGCACUAGAGGCUGAGAAGAUCCUGCUGAAACCGAAAGGCAUGCAGGACAAAAGCAAAAAGAGAGGACCACAGAUGCCUGAGGCAACCGUACGAUUAGUAAUCAACUACAAGAAAACCCAGAAAACCAUUCUCAGGGUAAGUCCUCGGGUUCCUCUACGAGAACUGCUUCCGGCGAUCUGCGAGAAAUGUGAGUUCGACCCGCAGACCACGGAUUUAUUACCAAACGUCCACUCAGAAGACACUUUGGACCUGAGCGGCUCCCUCAAUGAUUUUGGCCUGAGGGAAGUGUAUGCGAGAGACACCAAAGUUAUUAGCCCUGUAAGUCCUGGAAGUCCUAUUAGUCCAGUAAGUCUGCCUCCAUCUCCAACUCACUCAGAAAUAUUUCAUCAUGGGAAAGAGAAAAUCCAGAAGGAGAAAGAAAAGAGGCGAUUCAGCUUAUUUCGGAAAGGAAGUAAGAAGCAAUCCGAACAGUCUAUGACCGUGAGCGCACCGGCAUCUCCAGUGCACAGGAAGCAGAGGUCGGUCAGCAUGAGUUCCUUCAGCGCGCAUUCGCCCAUUACAUAUGAUUCCAACACCAUGCCCUCCGACAUGCCAAAGAAAAGACGAGCCCCGUUGCCGCCGAACAUGAUGUCACAGAGCAUGCCUACUGACCUCGGUCAUCAAACCGCUGUGCAUCCCGAUGGCAACCAGAAUAUGGCCCCUUUGAGCCGGGGAUCCUCGACAGAGUCGUCCUUCAAGAAGUCCACCAAGCGGAAGGCCCCUCCGCCCCCCACCUCGAGCAGCGCAGCCCCUCCUGAUGAAACCACACAGGACAGAGGCAUGACAGAAGUGGCGUUGGCGUCUCCUCUGGAGGAGAUCAGGGAACAGGAGGAGAUGAAUGUGAGCGCAGAAGGUCAGGUGGCCGCUGUGGAGGAGGAGGAGGACGACGACAGCAGCCUCAACCUGUCUGCUGACAUCUCUCUGGACUCGGGCCGGGCUGGGACGGCAACUCCCUCUCAGGAUUCAGAGAUUCUGGAAAGUAGGAUGGCCAGAGACAAUCCAUCAUGUGACCAGUCCACAGAUGCGGCGUAUUUCUAUUUCGGCACAGUUGCUGUUAACGGCCAUCAGAACGUCUUUGCGCAAACUAGUCCUUGUACUUCACCUCUAGCUGCCAUUUCAUCCCCUGUAGAAGGAACUGAAUGCAAGAAAGUUCCACCGGCAACAAGACCCAAACCAGCUUCUUUCCGCCAGCCGCAGCACAAACGAACACCCGGGGAUUACGUAACCUCCGCGGCCGUUCGCAGAGCAAGUGUGGGCAGUAAUAGCAGCAGUUGUUGUAGCAGUCCUGUGACCCGGCCCAAAGAAACCGCAAAAAGCCCGCAAUCAGAUGUGUUUCCUGCACUGGACAACUUACCACCUCCACCGCCACCGGUGCAAUGGGAAGCAAGAGCCAGUGAUGCACCUCGAACUGCAGAGGUGGAUGUACCUCCACCCGAAGCUCCCAAAUUUCCACCGUCAUCUGUAGUGUCCCGCCAGAAGAGUCUUCCCACAAACCCCACGCCUUCACUGAGUCUAGAGAAGCUGAGAAGCUUCGCCGCUCCCAAACCGUACUCGCCCUCUUCGCCCUCUCGUUUCGCUCAGGCUGUGUCUUCUGCAGUGAAGAGGUCCCAGUUGCUUUCCCAUCAACCCCUGGGGCAGUUACCACGCACACAUCUUCUCACAAAACAGAGGUCCAUUACAGAGUCUCCUGAGCCACCAGCCAGCACUGUGACAGACAAUGGAGAAGGACGCACAGAGAGAUCCGGAGAGGCCCCAUGGCAAACAGCAGGCCACGGCGGCCCAGCGCCGAGCUCCACUCGAGACGGAGGCAUGGGAACAUGUAAGAUUGGAAAUACUCAACCGUCACCAGGGUCUGAAGCAUCUUUAGCGCCGUCUGCCACACUGAAGGGAAUGUCUGAAGUCUUUCAUUCAGUGGAAGAAUGAAAUGUGCCUCCAUUGAUGGAAUUCCAGCGUCACUCGUUCUCAAACAUUCCGCAGGUCAAGAGAAGAUCUUCCAUCUCUAUUUUUUUUCUAACACUAGGUUACUCACAAAUCAAAAGACUUUCAGACUUUUUUUUUUUUUUUAUCUGGAUCUGGUCAGAACUGUGCAGAGCGCAGUCUUCCACUUCUACCAAUUACAGUGUACUUAUCAUUCACUUUUCUCUUUUUUUUUUUGGCUUUUUUUCCUAACACAGCAGUUUUUAAUUAGCAACAA